GAAUAUUAACGUACAAUGGAGAGUUUAAAAGAAUCUUACUUCUUUGCACAAUAUAAAAAAGAAUUUGGGGAUAAGACUGCACCAGAGUCAAGUCGUAGGAGGUACAUUAGCCGGCCAGGAAGUGCAGACCUGCCGUACUCCUCCUAUGCACUGUCCAACCAUGAUUACUCAGGUCCUUCUUACAAUGGCUAUGCUAGCAGCUUAGAUCCCCACACUUAUGAAAUUAUGUCCAAAUAUACUCGAGGAUAUGACUACCCACAAUCCUCAGCAGUUCGUUCAUACAGCACUGGUUCAAGUUCAGGCUCUCAAGCAUUAGGUUCAUCAUAUGGACAUACAAGUGGUUACCAGUCAAGCCAGAGACCACAAAGACACGCUUCUUAUGGCAGUUCUUAUGACACUGGAACUAAAUAUAGUGGUUCCUCUGACACUGGGACAAGAUUUGGUGGCUCCACUGAGUUAGGUACCAGAUAUGCUGGUGGCUCCACCGAUUAUGGAACAAAAUAUGGUGGUUCCAGUGACUUAGGAACUAAAUACGGUGGUUCUAGUGACUUAGGAACUAAAUAUGGUGGUUCAAGUGAUUUAGGAACUAAAUAUGGUGGUUCAAGUGAUUUAGGAACUAGGUAUGGUGGUUCAAGUGACUUAGGAUCAAAGUAUGGCAGUUCUAAAGACACUGCACAACCUAAAUAUGGAGGCUCAGUGGAGUUAGGAACAAAGUAUGGUGGUGGUGGCGAGUUUGGAACAAGCUAUGGUGGCGCCUCCAGAGAUGGAUUGAACUACGGAAAUACCUCUAUUUAUGAAAGCAGUUAUCAAGGGAGUGAACCCAAGUCUAAAUACUCUACAAGGUAUGGAGAAAAUGAGGAAACAAAACAAAGUGAAACGCAAACAUCAAGAAAAGUGAGAUCACCAUAUGAACGAUACAAACCACUAGAGGAGGACGCUCCAACACAAAGCAAGGACGUCGACAUCCAGGAAAUCCGAUCUCGGAGUCUGAGGUAUCGCAGCAGAGACGACAAAAAGGAACCGCCAUCGGAAAAAAGUCAAAUCAAAGGAACCUACGAAAUGUACCGACCAGAAUCGAGGAAACCUAGUGAGACCACCGAGAGCUUUGACCUUGACAGACCAGUGUUUUCUUCUUUAGAUGAUUCAGUGGAUUCAUUAAAAAGUGCUUCUUUCAGUGAAAGAUGGAAAAGGGGAAGUUCUGGGAUUUUCAAGGGAGGCUGGGGUGUUGAGGACAGUCUGGAGAAACCCGAUUUCGGAUCCAUCAGAAAGGAUAAUUUCGGAAGUAAGGAUUCCACUGGAUCAUCUAACUUGUCACCAUGGAAACAAAGGAGAUUGGAAAGAGAACAGAAGGAGAAAAGGGAAGCUGAAAUAGUAAAGGAAGAACCAGAUAAACAGAAAUUACAAGCCCAUGAACGCAUUUCAUCUUUUGAACAGAUCCCCACACAAACAAAAGAUCAAACAACGGGUUCAACCCAUGAACAACAGGAAGUCAGAAAAAGAAACCUUUUAGAAAAAAUAGAGAGACCUAAAUCAGUGGAUGCUGAUGCCAUUAAACAUCUUCUUUUAACAAGUGAAAGUCCUCUAUUAAGAUCACGGUACAGAGAAGCAGUGAGAAAAAGAGAACAUUUGAAAGAAUCUAUGGACAGUGCGUCUGAUAUAUCACAAGAGUCUGGAAGUGGUCAGAGAGAAUGGAGCUCAGCUAGAGCUCUUCACGAGUCUCUCAGAGAAAAGGAAAAACAGGACACAAAGGAACCUCUAACUGGGGACAGAGUAACAGAGAGUGUUAAGAAAAACUUAGCAAGGAUUGAGGACUUAAAAAGCUCUGUGCAACAAAGUGCUGAAAUGUCGAAACCAGAGCAAGUGUCUAGUGAACGUUUGAAACAGGAUAACAUCGAACAAAAUCGUCAGGAUUCUAAGAGGAGAAUUCUCGUGUCUUCCCGUUCUCAUGUUGAUAACAUGCGUGAUACAGUGAAACAGAAGGACUCUGAACUUUCACAGAGUACAACGAAUGUGCCAAAAUCUACUGUCUCAAAAACAUCCACUGAAACUGACAGCAGAGCAACUGAGAGUAUUCAAUCUAGGACAAAUUUACCCUCUAAAGACUCAAGAACAGAAAGCAGAGGAAAAUGGGAAAGCCCAAAAUCUGGUGGUGGUGAGAGUGAUAAUUUGUCAAAGUAUUACAGCAAAGACCAUCAGGAAAAGGUACAGACAAAUGUUCAGUUGUAUAAGGAUAGUCAGCCAGAUGGUGAAAAGAAACCAGAGGUUGAUAAGACACCAUCAAAGCGGGCAGUUCGUCUGGGAAGAACAAGGCAUCAUGGACAAGAAGGACCUUCACUUGUGAAACACAUGAGUGAUCUUUUGUUUGAGGACCCCAAGAGUGUCAGAUCAGAAAGGAAACACACUGGUGAAUCAAAGGAGGGGGACACAAAAACUUCUUGUAAAACAACUUUGGAGGAGAAAGUUCCCUCAUCAGUGCUCAAAACAAGGAUUUCUUCUGAUACUGAUAAUAAAUCUCAUGAACAGUUAACAAGUGCAAAGUCAAUUCAAAGUGAAGGGAAAGAAAUUUCAAGAUUAAAAGACAGUGAUACUGCACAAAUUAAAAAGGUUGACUUAACACCCAAAACAGUAUCAGACAUUUCUCCAAAAGACACUGAUAAAACGGAAAAGCCAAAAUUCCAGCGUGUGUAUGGUAGAGCCAAAACUACAGACGUUAGUAGCCUUUUAGUCAAGAAAGCUGCAACAAUUGAUGAUAGGAAAGAAGACAAUCUUAGCAAGACAACAGACUCGGUUGAUUCAAAACUCGUUGCACCAAAAUCAUCUGUUGGAAGAUCAAGAACACCUUUAGGUAAAAUAGAUGAAAAACCAAAAGAAGCAGAGACAAAGAAACCAGAGAGUGCCAAAGAAAGCGAGGCAGGUUUAGGAUUUUCUUCUGCAUUUUCUAUGGACAUGAACCUGUCUCGUGCCGAAAGGAUAGCCAGGUAUAAAGAGGAACGAAAGAAACAGCUUACACAUCUUGCCAGCAUGUUUAGUGAGCCUGGUGAUGGAAGUAGUGGUAAAGAUGUGGUGCCUUCCCUGUUCACAGCAGCAAGGGAAAGUGGUGAAGGUUCAUUAGGGCGAUCCAAAAGCAUGAGGGAAGGCUCGCCACAAAAAUAUUCAUCACCAGUGGCUCGCUCAAAGAGUCUGAGGGAAGAUUUGUCACCCAAGAAAUCCACAACACAGAGUCCUAGUGAACUGGAGAAGGAAACUCCUGCUGAAGAAAUAAAAUCAUUUGAUGAAUCUGGUAAGGAAAUUUCUCUUACAAAGAAGAUAGCCCAGAACAGGAAGUUGUUUGAGAACAAGACCAGUGAAGAGAAUGACUCUAAGAAAUGGCAUAGGAGGUCACUUACAGAUUCACCUCUGGAGGGAAGAAGCAGAAGAAGCUCAUCAAGUUCAGACAGAAAGAGCAUUGGAGACGAAUCCUCUAUAGAGAAACUUAAAAACAGGUAUUUGUUUGGAACUGACUUUUCUGAGGCCAAAACUAAGAGACAGUCUGUAACAGAAGAGGAGAGAUCUCCAGUGCUAGACACAUCCACCUCCUGAGAAGUGGUAACCACGUCUGCUUUGUCCACUUCUAUGUCAUCUGAAGAACCCAGUGUCUCAGAGGAAAUAGCUUUUGAUAUGAGUAAGGCCAAACAAGCCUUUUCCAAACCUGAGCCAAAGGAAAAAUUCUUGUUUGGAACAUCCUAUUCUGCUUCUAAGGUGUCAAAACCAGAUUCUAAAAUUGAUGACACUAGAAAACCCACUGAGAAGAAGGAUGUAGAAGUAGAAGAAUUUGAUGCCACAAAACCUCAGAAAAAGAGAAGACACCUUCCCUCUGUUCCCUCUGCCCUUGAGGCAGGAUCACCCAUAGAUAUGUCCAGCAAACCAGAGAGUAACAAAGAUCACCAGAAAACUGACACAGUGUCUAAAGACUCACUUAAGACUACAUCCACCCAAGAACCUCAGAUAGCUCAUUCUAAAGUGUUUGGUGGAAAGCCUCGCACUUCAAAAACAACUUCAAAGACUACAGAGGACAAAGACAGAUCUGUUCAAAAGAAAACUGAUAUUCACUCAAAAGAUUAUUUAUCUAAGUCAGAGAACUUAUCCAAGUCUGAUAUAACUUCUAGUCAAGAGGAGAAAAAAGCAUCUGCUACAAAAACUGUCUCACAACCUAUAUCCAAGAAAGCAGAUAAAACCUCAAUGUCUCAAAGUGUUGAAAUUAAAACAGAUGCAUCCAAAGAUAAAUCUCAAGAGAAAGGUGCAGUGCAAUAUGUAAAUACCUCACAAAGUUUGGGUAAAAAGUAUUUAAGUUCCAUAGGUAAUGAAAGUGCUAAAGACACUGAGUCACCUGAUGUGGAAGCUGGAAAGAAAAGUUCUCGCUUCACAAAGUUGAGAAGACGGAGUCCUGUUAGAUCCAAGGCAUCAUUCUCACCUACUAAAAAAUCCCAGGUGAAGACUGAUGCUGACAUUCAGAGUGACGUAAAAGUAACAACUUCACAACAGGAAUCGAAGUCAGUGACAAAACCUGAAACUCCGCAGGAACAGCCUCAAAAACUGUCUCACCGAGAAAAGUUAAUGUCUAGAUUUGAAAAGGAAAGGAAUCUUGAUGAUUCUAGUGCUCAAAGAAAACCUGCUAAAACAGAAAUUGCUCAAUCAAAACCAGAUAAAAUCCCAGCUCCAGUAUUACAAGAAACCUUGGAGCAACAGUAUAUGGUCCCUUCUAAAACCCUCCCUGAAGCUUGUUCAGAAAGUGUAUUUGACUCUGAAUCAUCACCAAAGCCUGAAAAUGUCCCAAAUUUUAGUACAUUAUCAGAAUCUGAAUCUGCAUUAGGAUUUGAUGUUUCAAGAGAAGAAAUGAUGCUCAGUGCUGAACCAGUACUCAAUACAGAUAUAGUGUCAAAGGCUGCUGUUACACAGCAAACAUUUAAGCUGGUACCAGCCACAGAGGAGUUGACAUACGAGAUGACAAAACAUAAGCCUUCGGAAUCUGAAAACCUGCCAAGGUCCCAUACCACACCAGAACCGGAAUCUGCUUUGAAGUAUAGCCAACCAAGGGCAGAGAUGGUGCUGGAAGCUGAACCUGUCUCCAGACAAGACACACUGGCCAAUGCAGAGGUCAAACAGAAAACAGAUACUUAUGAAGCUGAGCAAGUCACAGAGGAGAAAGAUACAGAAUUGUCCCAUCACAAGAAACCACAUGAAGAGGGUACCAAACCAGUGAAGAAAAGGUCAUUCAAAACGAAACACGGAAAGGCAUCAGUCCAUAGAAGUAAAACAAUCAGUGAAAAAGAACUCAAAUCGGCAGGUGCUCUAAGAAGAGCAGACGACAGACCAUCCAAAGCGGAUGUCCGUAACAUUCUGAUGAAGUCUCCGGAAGCCAAUCUAGAUGAUCUUUUGAUGGACAAGGUGGACUACCUGUCCGACAUAGAGACAAAUGACCCAUGGGGUGUCCAUAAGGCAGACAAGAAAUCAGAGCCCGGGCAUCUCAGGGAAGGGCUACAUGUGAGGGCUAAACAAGCCCAGUCCAAGCCCACCAAAGAACUCACCAGUAGUCAAGAAAGCUUAGAGAGGAAACUAAAAUUGGAUAAACCCAGCCCGGCAAAAACUGCCAUACCAAGUCAGUCAUUGGUUGAAUCGCAUGCAGAGGAGACGCUUGGCAGAGACAUUUCUACAAGUAAACCACAAUCAACCAUUUCACCUUCAUCACAGUCAACCAGCUCAACUUCAACUCAACUUCUCACUCCCCCAUCUGAUCAACUCUCUGUUGCUGAGGCUGGUCAACAGAGUUCAUCAACCAUCACAACCACAUCAACCGAGGAAACAAGUCAGAUUCCAAGGGAAAUAACACAGCCACCAACAGGGGAAGUAACUCCACAAGUACCCACCAGUGAAAUUCAAUCUGAGGAGCAGGUGGCAGAAUUCGAGCAAAAGAAGAAGAGAAAAGACAAAUCAGCCAUGAGGAAAUCACAACUGAAUACAGAAUUAGAAGAUGAAGAUGUUGGACGAAGGGGCCUAGAAAAACGCACAAGUGAGUCGGAUGUAAAGACACAAGAAACGUCUGUUUCACCUGAUGUCACAACUAAUCACAUCCCUAAGCACAAUCUUACUAACAAUUUUGUGAGAUCCCAUCACCAUGACAACGGGACUGAGCAGUAUGUUUCACAGUCAGGCAGAGCUUCUGUGUUAGACUCCAUCUUACCCUCCAAAUUCUCUGUGCCGUCCAAGAAAUUUUCAGGUUCUAACGGAGAAUCCGGAGAUGUGUCGCCCAGAAGGAAAGUAAAUCUUCAUCGUCAGGAAGCUUGUGCUGUUGGCAGCAGCGACGAAUCGGAUAGUCGCCGAACCCCCGAACGGACUCAAAGUUUACGUGUGAAAAAGUCCCCUUCUCCUGAUGAGAAAAAAGGGGUACAGAGAUCUGAGAGCUUCAAGUCGGAUUUUAUGCGCAAACGAUACAGUCCUGAAACUGUGAUAAAUACACCAUUGGAAGAAGAUUCCGAAAACAUGGCAACCCCAAAUCCAGAGCUUGCAGCUAUUUUGAACAGACGCCACAAAGUGGUCACUGAUCAACAGAUCAAAGGACAGGAGUUAGAAAGGGAACAAAUUUAUAGCAAAAAAGUAGAAAAAGAAGACAUAGCCCACAAACCAGCAGAAGUGGAUGAAGUUAUUUGUGAUGUGCAAGUAGCUUCUAAAUUGAAAUCGAGGCUAAAUGAAACUGAUUCUUCUAACACAAGGGAAGGUGCUAACAUUGAUGAUCGUUUUAAAUCUUAUCAAAAGACAGAUGACAUCAUCACAGAUUCUGAGGUAGCAGAUAUACUCAAAGCCAGGAAAAAACAAACUGACUCCAAAGUAGGCGAAGGUAAGGUUAUAGUAAACAAAGACUCUGACCAAAGCUCAGAACAAACGCCAAAGGUUGUAAGUGAUGAUACAGUAAAUAAACAAGAACAAUCAUCUCUGGCUCCCCCAUCGAAAACAGAGGGCAGUCAAGCCAGAGUGACUUCAUCAGUGUCUGAGGUUACCAGUAGUGUUAGCCAAUUAGUGACCAGUACAAAAGCCCAGUCACCAGAACAGAGCAGCAGUAUCGACAGCAAAAAGUUUGCUGAGAAACUAGAAACAGAGAAAACUCCUGCUGCAGGAAUUGUGUCACCAAUGCCUCAUAUUGUAUCAAACAUUAUGACAAAAGCUUCAUCACCAGAUCAAAACCGCAUUACUGACAGUGAAAAGUUAGGUGAGAAAUCAGAACCGGAGAAAACUGCUGCAAUGCCACAUGUUGUGUCAAAUAUAAAGUCCUCAGAAUUCCUUGAAAAGGAUUCAGAUAAGGAAAAAUCACCACUGAGAUCUCUCAGAUCAUCUGUGUCUCCAAGUAAGGACAAUGUGUCAUCUGUGGAAUCCUCGUCUUCAUCUAAAUCAUCAGCCAUUCGUCGAGCGGAGUCAUACGGGGCCAAGGACAGCGAUCGUCCAAAGGGAAUUCUCAAACGGACCAAGUCCAUGAAAUCCAGUGUGAUCGUGGAUGAGGAAUUAGCCGGUAUUUUACGAAGACGUAAGAUGAAACAGGACAACAGUGACAGCGAUGAAAAUGGUGACGAUAAACAAGACGUUGCCAGUGAUAUUCAAGAAACACUCAGGAGGGAGAAGGAAUUUCGGGGGGAGACCAGCAUAGAGGAGAAAGAUGGCACACCUAAACUUUCCAUGCAGGAGAGGAUUUUUCAAAUGCAAAACAAAUUGGAGGAAGCCAAGUCAUGUCCUAUAACACCCCGAGCCAAAUCAGGAACCGCAACUCCAAAAUUUGCCUUUAAAGGGAGAACUGGUAGCUUGACUCCUCAUUCUCAGAGCACAGAUGAGCAGAGCUCAAGCUCGAUUUGUGGUGAGCAGCUGAUACAGAAACUCAGCAACCUCGCCGAGCUCGGCCACAAAGUGGGAAGCUUGGAGGAGAAGCGCAAGGCCUUCCAGAAACGUAAGAGGGAGGACUGGAGAACAAGAACUCAGCCAGUCACGUUAGAGGAAAUACAGGAGGCUGAUGGUUUACAAUCAGUUGCUGAUUUUAGAUGUGAAGUGUUAAAAAAGUCAUCCAAAAAUGUGUUCGAACAACUUGAAAAAGACACAAAGAAAUUCCUUGGAAAGAGAAGUGAAUUUCCCCAACAUCUUCAUAGAGAAAAACUGAGACGAUCUCGAAGGGAACGCCAUAAGACUUUGCCGAUUACUGCCGCGGAGCUCAAUGCCAUUCCUGAAGGGGAGCCAAUCGGAAUGGCAGGACUAAGGAAGAAAUCCGAUUGGUCAGGAGCCAGAGACUCUAAAGCCGAUUCUGGUAUUUUAUCAGGGUCAUCUGAUGUAGAAAAUUACUGUGAUAGUUUUGAAUUCCAAACCUCAGAGGAAAGCCUCCGGAGUCUGAGUCUGGAUCUGGAUACACACGAGGAUGAUCCAGCCAGACUUAGUGUGUCUGCUAAAGCGUCCAUGUUUACAAACAUCGUAGAGAAGGCCAAACCGGAUAAGCCCAAGCCGUGUGCUAGUGGAGCUAAGAGGUACAUCGACAGGAAGAAGAGAGAGAGAUGUCAGACACAGCCGGUUACGGAGGAGGAGGUGAAAUCCGCGGCGGAGAUUGCCGAUGGCGGGAAAUCCGAGGGCGAAAAACCGCAGCAAGAGGAAGAGGAAAAGACGGAUGAUGCUGCUAGGAGAAGUUUAGCAGAGAAAGUAAAACUCUUCUCUAGCCUAAAAGAACAAGAGAAGGUGCCCCCCAAAGCUGACCCCCCAGUCAUCAGGCGGAGGAACCGUAAACAGCUGACCUCAAGAUUUAAUACUCAGCCCGUGACCAUUGAAGAAGUGGAGAAGGCAGCCCAGUACCGAAUCUCUCCCCUGGCCAUGAGUAUGGUCAAACCGCCAGACCCAGAAAUCAUGCAAGGACUCUCUGUGGCAGCCCAGAGGGAGCUGAUGGCUCAACAUGCCGAGAAAAUCAUGUCUCAGCCUAGCUCAAGACAAGGCUCGAGUAUGGACCUGUCCGAUAAAUCUCAGUCGUCAUCAGAUCUCAGCAAACAAAGCUCAGACAAAGAAGGACCAAUCAGCAGUAAGACUGCUGAGAAACAAUUGAGUAAGAGCAUGUCAAAGUCAGAAGGGGAUGUGAAAGGCAUUCUUCGGGGUGAUAGUACUAAAGGAGCGGAGGAACCUCGCAGCAUUCUGAAACACCAUGUGGAAACCCAUGAGGAACUCAAAAGAAUCAUGCUGGAGAGAGAAGAACACAGGAGUAUACUGAAAUCCAGCAACCACAGCCUAGCUACAGAACAGAAGGGGAUUCUGAAGACAUCAGGAGGAAAAGAGGAGGAAUCGGUGGAGGAAAAGGCAGGUGUUCAGGAGGAAAUAGUGAAAGGUGUGCUGAAGUCCUCAGGAAUCGAGGAGCUGGGAGGUGACUCGGAACCUAAAGGUAUUCUGAAGAAGGAGAGUAGUUUUGAGGUGAAAAAAUCUGAACCUGAGAAAGGUGUGUUAAAAGACAGCACCUUUGAGGUGCAUCAAGAGGAACCUGAGAAAGGUGUUCUAAAAGAAAGCAGUUUUGAGGUUCCCAAAUCUGAACCCGAGAAAGGAGUGCUUAAAACAAUUGGACAAAAGGAGGAAGCAAAUGUUCAUGGAAUUUUGAAGAAAGACAAAGAGGAGGACAUUGUGUCACCGCGUGUGGAGGAAGUGAAAGUAUCAGAUAGAAAGUCUCCAUCUCCGGAACGAAAGGCUGCAGGAGGAUGUGCCGCAUCCAUACGGAGGAGGAAGGACCGCAAACAGCAGGAAAGAUUCCUUACCCAGCCAAAUGACAAAACUUCACCAGAGAAAUCCCCCGAGGGUUCCCCCAAACUGCGUUAUGGGGCCACCCGACACAAGACCCAGCCCAUCACCCCGGAGGAGAAGCGGGAGGCUGAGGAGGGCCAAUCAGAUGUCAAAGUCUCGGUCAAGGACAGAUUGAGUCAGUUGAAGAAGAGUGGGGAGGAGGAUUGGAAGAAGAGGGUGUCUAAGCCCCUGGAUACGAAGAACGGGGAGGUGGAGGUCAAACUACGGGAGAAGAAGGGACUGGACAUGCCCCGCCCCAACAGUAUCGCUGACCGGCUUAACCUGCUGGAGACCUCUCAGGUGGGCUGGAAGGGCAGGGUGGAGGAGAAGGAUGCUUCAAGGUUCACAGUGGCCCAUAAACUGGCAGGUCAGGUGGAGGAAAGCCCGCUGAUGAAGAAGUUGAGAGAGAAGACCAAGAGAGACUCGGAAUCCGAAUCUGGGUCACCUGUUACGUUGUCACCUUCCACCCCCACGCGAGACUUGCCAAAAAUCCCCCUCCCAAAGACCAUCAUCUCAGGACCUCCAGUUGAGGAUGAAACUGAGACCAAACCUAAGGGGGUCACAGUCGGUGUAACCAUGGAGACGGAGGAGGUCAAGGAGCCUGUCAAGGUCACAGUUCCCUCCAUGGAUGACGACCAACUGAAAUCCUUCUUCAGACAAUCAUCAGAAGUGAGCGAGACCCAGGAGAAGAUUGAUGUCUCUGUGGAAGACUUUAACGAGCUUUUCAUCAUCGCUAACGACAUGCUGCCAUCCAUGAGGAAGAUCCGUCCCAAGCGUAAACACACAGCCUCAGUACGGAAUCCACUGAAGACGACGUCAGUAGAGAUCAAGACAGAGUACGAAGAGGUCAAGAUGGGAUACGCUGAAUUAGAGAUCAGACGCAAGCAGAAAGAGAAAAUUGCUGACAAAGCUGGUUUUGCGGAGGCAGCCCUGGCUGGCUUAGCUAGCAAAGAAAACUUUGCCAGUGUGGCUCUUCGUAAAACUGGUGAGUCUGCUGGCUCCAGUAUGCCCUCUCGCCUUGACCCCUACAAAGACCUGAUGCUUAUCCAUGUCAAAGGUCGCCGCAGACUUCAGGUCCGCUUAGUGGAGCCCUGCGCUAAAUCCAUCAACAGUGGGGAUUGUUAUAUACUGGUCACUCCCGACAAAGUCAUCAACUGGGUGGGGGAAUUCUCAAAUGUCAUCGAAAAGGCGAAGGCUGCAGAUAUUGCCACCUUCAUCGUUCAGAAGAAGGACUUGGGAACUCGAGCCCCUCUAGUGGAGAAUGUGGAGGAGAAGAGACAGCACCUGGGGACCGGCAAAAAAUUCUGGUCCGCCCUCGGGGGCCUCAAAACCAUCUCAUCUGCUGGACCUCCUGAGGAGGAUGAGCUAUAUGAGAAUCAUAUCAUGGCCUCCAACAUGGUGUACAAACUGGAGAACAACUCACUGGUCCCCUACCAGGAAUACUGGGGCUGCCAGCCAAAACAUGAAAUGCUCAAGAAAGAUCAGGUGCUGGUCUUUGAUUUUGGCACUGAACUCUACGUGUGGCAAGGGAAAGCCGUGAAACCUGAGAGACGUAAAAUGGGUGUCAAACUGGCUCGACAGUUGUAUGAGAAAGGUUAUGACUACAGUGCAUGUGACAUAAACCCUAUGUCCCCAUUGUCCACUGAGGAAAUGGGUGGCUUACCAUCAGCUGCCAAAGAGAGGCCAUCCUGGGGACUGUUUGGUAAAGUCAAUCAGAAUAUGGAGACCAUCUUGUUUAGAGAGAAGUUUGCUGAUUGGCCAGAUACUUCACGACUCAUCAAGGUCAAGAGUCUGGAUACAGGAAGCAAGACUGAUCUGGCAGAACUAAAGCCAUAUGAUGCCAAGUUAAUGAUUCCCGUCAACAAAGACCCUGUAUCUCUAGUCUUGGAAGGCUCCAAUGUAGGCAGAGGAAAUACAUGGGCUGAGGACAUGGAUGGGUUUAUAAGAGAACAGAACAUUGUGACACUAGGGGUCACUGUGUGGCACGUCCUGGAGUAUGAACACUAUAAGAUGCCGGAGCCCAGCUUUGGUCAGUUCCACGACGGAGAUACGUACGUGGUCAGAUGGCAGUACAUGAUCACAAACAAAGGAACAAACUUAAAGGGCACACAGUCUCGUAGGUCUCUGGUAGGUCGGGAGAGGUGUGCUUAUUUCUUCUGGCAAGGAAAGAACUCCACCAUCAACGAAAAGGGGGCUUCGGCUUUAAUGACAGUGGAACUGGACGAAGAAAGGGGCCCUCAGGUACGAGUGGCAGAAGGGAAAGAGAUGCCAUGUUUUCUUAAUCUUUUCCAAGGGCGGAUGAUCACUCAUAUAGGAAAACGUGAAGAUGAGAUGACCAACACCCAGGGAUCAUGGCGAUGUUACUGUGUCCGCGGAGAAUAUGAGAAUGAACUCUGUCUGAUUGAGAUACCUAUGGGGGCUAACAGACUUCGCAGUCAAGCCUCCUUCAUUGUUCUAAACAUCAGGUCAGGUCUCCUGUUUGUGUGGCACGGCUGUAAGUCGCCACCUCAUUGCCGGAAAAUGGCCACUACAGCGGCAGAAAGGUUAAAAGAAAAGUGCCCUCUGGAGGUAGGAGUAAAGGAGGAGUGCUAUAUAUUGAUCACGGAGAUGGAGGAGGGGUCAGAGAAACCCGAGUUCUGGUCAGCCCUGGGGGUCAAGCCCAACACAAGGUCUCUCUACUGCUGUCUUCUCAAUGAUCCAACGUCUUAUGAUUACACUCUGCGAGUUUUCCACAUGACGAGUGUUUUAAAAUCAUUGAAAAUUCAUAUUCACAUACUAAAUGGCACCAGAUUUAAAUUUAAAUUUUUCAAUAUGUCAGAUUUGAGUUUCCGAGAUUUUUAUUUGUCCACUGUUAUAACAGGUCUGUUUUUGGUGGAUGAUGACAAUAUUAUGUACCUGUGGCACGGCUGGUGGCCCGAGGCCGACGCUGAGGAGGAAAAUAUACAUACAGGCUCGGCUAGGUCUCGCUUCAGUGUCGACCGGAAAUGUGCAAUAGAAACCGUCAUCCAUUACUGUCAAGAAAAGAAUCCCAGGAAACCCCCUAAAGCUGUAGCAGUGUAUGCUGGUCUGGAACCUCUGGAGUUUACCAAUCUGUUCCCGUACUGGGAUGUAGACGAGACGGCCAAAUCUCUCAAUCUCAGGGAAGGUAAACAGGAAGGGGAGAUGACUCCUUUGGAAGAAAUUCUGGAGAAAGUGACGAAGACUCGAUACUCAUACGAAGAACUGAUGGAAGAUGAACUUCCUGAUGGCGUGGACCCCAAACGCCUGGAGUCUUACCUCGAUGACGAGGAGUUUGAGGAAAUAAUGGAAAUCGAUCGAGAAGAAUUCUACAAGCUCCCACAAUGGAAACAAGACAAAAUUAAACAACAAGUCGGACUGUUUUAAAAACUGUAAUUACCAGUGGCUGAAAGCAAUCUGGAAAACAAACAAUUCCUCUACUUAACCAAGAAAUCCAUUUUUGUAGUUGUACUGGCAGUUACACUUUGCAGGAUUUAUUCAGUCUAGUAAAUUUCAUGGAAUUUUUUUAAUCUGUAAGCUUCGAUCUGUUCCAUAAAAAUUUUGAACAAAACCACUGGCAAGUAAAGAAUGUUACUUAAGCAAAUAUUGAAAAUUUUACUGAAAAAGUGACACUGUUCAAGAGAUGCAUGCAUCUAAUGGUAAUUUUUUCCUCAUUAAAUGUAGUUUCGAUUUUAUCUUCAUACAUAUAUAUCAAUACUUGUAGCUGUUAUGGGGUGAACAGCAGAAAACAUUUGUAAAAUCACACUCGGCAUUCUUUUUUGACUCAAAAUUUCAUGUGCUCAGCAACUACAUAAUUCAUUGCCCUAUUAUAUAAUUUGCAAUAAAUAAGAAAAAUGUCUUUCAUGUAUGUUAGUGUACCAAAGAUGUACAGAAUUUCCUCUGUUCCAGCCGGGCUGGGAAUAUUGGUGCUUUAUUGUGUGUGAGGUCGUAGAUUUUGGAUGUGCAUCCAUUAUGCUUGUUGUUUCAAUUGCCUAUUGAUAUAUGAAUUACAUCUAGUAAAUUCUGAACAUUUUAAUUUUUUAUUGGUUAGUUUUCCUCCUUUCUCAUGACUUUGAAUUUAAGGAAUGAUAAUGAUAUUGUUGAUAUUUUUUAUCAGUCCAGCAUUUAUAUUUGAUGUAAUUUUUUUUCACUGCCCAAACAAGAACAUUGAAGCUUAUUACUCCUUUGACAUUUCUUGCCCUUCUCUGCAAAUGUAAGCAAUUAAAAUUCAAAAGUACAAAAAAUGUCUUAAAACAUGCAGUCCUCUUGUAGAGAUCAAAUUAUAUCAACAUUUUAAAGCUACUUAGAAAAGAGAGAAACUAAAGAAAUAAUUCUUAUCCUUAAGUAAUUAAGAUGAGGACUAACUGAAAAAUGUAGUGGAAAAGGUGGUUAGAUUUUUAUUGUUUGAAUUGAUGGAAUACAAUUGUAACUACUUUAACCUGAAUAUUGUACCUUUUAAGUACAUGUAUUAGUAACUCCCAAACUACUGGUUCCUUACACCAUAUUAAACAUGCAUUUUUUGAAAAAUUGUUCAGGUGUGACAGAGUGUUUUUUGAAGAAUUUUGUGAGAAAAGGGUCAAGGACAAUAAAAGGUCAAGGAGACUCUCUAAUGAUGAGAUUUUUGUACUGAUGAUAGCAAUUCCUAAAGCAACUGUGAUCUUACUUUAGUGAUAGAUAUUUUCCCCUUUGCCUGUUUGUAUACAUGUGUAUAUUGUUAUUGUCUGUAUUGUUCUUUUGUAUUAAAAAGUGCUUCCAUAAUAAACUGUUACAAA